AUGCCCACUGCUCCUAAGAGAGGUGUGAAGCCUAGAGUCAAUGCAGCGAAACAGUGUGUUGGUAUCAUGGCACCACUGCAAAGUCCCAAUGCCAGCCUUCCAGCAUCUGCCCCCACAGACAUCCUAUUUCAUGACCUCUCUCUGCACUCCAGGCCUGCUAGCCAGUCAAGCCGCAUGGCACCUACCAGUUCAACUGUUCCAAAGAGGGGCAUCUCGCCUGAACGGGACAGUCACACAUCAGUUAAGGAACCGGCUAAGAAGAAGCACAGAGGUGGCAAGUUGAGCAAGGGAAAGAUCGAGGAGUUGGCAUUGAAGAAGAAAGAGUUCCUACAGUAUUUGGAGGAAAAGGGCAAUGAAUGGGGGGUUUCUUCUGCAUUUCUGCUGUGCAACAUGAAUCUCAGUGAGAGUCUUCAAACUUCAAAAACCACCAUUGCUUGGAAUAAGUUCCAGCACAACUUUGCCCAGGACUGUGAGGGGGAUUAUUCUGCCAUGAAGGCAUCAGCCAUGUUCAAUGAACUUCAUGAUGAGCAUGGUGGUGAAGGCUCGGAGGACUAG